CUUCAGGAAUGGUGCGCUACCAAGGUUAGUUAAAUGCUAGGUCUUAUAUCACUUUUGAUCCCACAAGAGAGAGGGAGGGAUGCAUGUUGUUGUGUCGCUGGUGGUACUUCUCCUUCCCCUCGUGGACCGUGUGACGAGCGCAUCGUGUGCGAACGACGGAGUGCUCUUGGCGGCGUACACGACCGCGUUAGCUCAACCCAUGUCAUCGGCAUGCGCCCGUGGUGGCGACUGGUGGUACCCGACCAACGCCACCACGCAGUUCAUCACAUCCUACCACCGCGCGUACUUUCCACUCCCGUGUACCAACAGCGCAUGCCGCCAAGACAUGGACACGGCGGUGAUGGCACUCAAGGCGGUCAACUGCGAUGAAGCUCAAGCGUCGGCCUCUGCCAUGGCGGGCGUCGUGCGGUUGUGCCAGUCGCUGUCGCUGGCACCUAAAUUGCCGCGAUGCAGCCCAAAGCAAAUUGCCACCGAGGUGGCUUAUCCGGCUGCUUGCAAAAACGUUAUCCGGACAUCAAUUCAAAGCAUCGAUGAGUUGCUCGGAGUUGGCCUGAACGAGUUCGACGGCAUCUGCCAAGCCCCCGGCUGCGUGGAAGCGCUCCGCACGGCCGUGGCGACAUUGCCCGACUGUCAAGUCGAAUACCCGCGCGAAUACAAGGCCGGAGCACCCAUGUCCAAGAAGCAAGUAUACCUGAGCUACCUGUCGUCGUUCUGUGACCCAACGUCAUCGACGGCGAAGGACUUCACGUCUUGCGAUGCCAAGCUCGCGGCAUUGUACGCGGCUCCGUUUUCUGACGAGUGCAACGCAGCACUAGUGGGCAACAUCUUCUUUUCUCCGUCGAGACUAACGCACUACAUCUUGUUCCGAGCGCUCUAUGACAUGUACCCCUACACGACCAAGGUGAUUGCGUCGAUCCCAUCAUGCGCCGCCGACUUGGCCGCCGUCAUCUCCCAAACCAACGGAAUCGGCGCGUGCGCGGCGAACAUUUCGCUUGCGUUUCAAGUGUUGGCACUGGCCCACUCCACCACGUUCACGCCGGCGGCGUCCUCGUCAGUGCCUAUCUGCGACAAGGCGCAAGAGUUCCAGCUCAUUACGAGUCUGCAUGCCGCCCCGCCGACAGUGUGCACACAAGUCAGCCCCUCCAGCACCGCUUGGUUCGACGUGCUGAUGGCGCCGCUCCCCGAAAUGUCGGCCAUCGCCGCGUCCCCACCCUGCGUCGCGGCCGCCGUCGCCUGGGCCGCCUCCAGUUUUCCCAGCUGUGACAUGUCGUACGUAGCCAACGGCGAUAUCUCCACGGGCAUUCCUGUCGCUACGCGGAUCACGCGGUACCUCCAGGCCGCGCAGUCGCUCUUCAAUGCGUCGACAAGCCCGACCAAAACGUCGGCAGCGGUGUCAACUAUAUUCGAUGGCGGGUAUGCUAUAUAUUGGCGGGUGUUGGUGCUUUGUCUAGUUGCGGCUAGAAGUUAGACUUGAGAAAACCAUGAAAAAACCAAUCCAACAUUCUCCGUCCUACUGUAGUACAGAAGUAUGGGAACUGCAGGGGUGCUAAAUCCACGUUAGCCGUGGUCGAUGCCUCAACUCAGCUGAAUCAUCAUCGUGAAUGAUAACUAAUAAGAGUAUUUUGAAGAUAUA